GCAUUACUACGUGCUCAUGCUCAUUUGGUUCCGAUGUUACCGUGGUACGACGUCUAAACCAAAAAGAAUCCGCAUUGAAGAAAUGGAGCAGAAGGAGGAGCAGAAGGAGGAGAAAGGCGCGGGCCCCUCAUUGAGAGGUGGCGAAGCAAGCAAAAUAUCGUCGAACAGUCAACCGAAUCUCCAGGCGACGACGUCAUCUGCAGGCCCAACAGCCCAAGCAUCUCACGAUGGUGCGCAAGAGACGAAUUCCGCUACUCAGGCAGCCACCAAAAGUAAGAAAGCCAGCAAACGGAAACCCAAGCGGAAGUCUAGAAAAGGUGUAAACGAGCCUAGGACAGAUAGCGCGUCACAAGCCAGUGCUGCAGUAGUAGGAGAGAGUGCCACUGUUCCUGAACAAACCGUUUCAGAACAAAUCGCUCCAGUGGUAGGUAUUCCAGACCGUAGCCAACCGGAACAAACGGUUUCGGAUCGAUUCGCUCGUUCCGCGGGUGAAUGUAUUUCUGAUCGCACCGUUAAAGGUUCAGUUACUGCGGAUCGGACAAGCACCGAACAAGCUGUUUCCGCUCAGCUCUUGGCGGCUCCAAGUAGUCCAGGCAAGUUAGUUCCAAGUGAACCAGCAUCAGGUACACCAACUUCACGUAAACCUCGCAAGCGUAAAAAACUUUUGAGUCAGGCAGCAGGCGAAAAAGAUGUCAGCAGUACCUUUGUCGGUACCCUGCCCGAAGUUGAAAAGCACCCGCGUCAAACAACUUCGAGUCAAAUGGUACGAAACGGGAAUGCCGUGUAUGAAUCAGACCUUGCAACUACGAAUUACGGUGACAGAGCAAGUCCAAAAGGAGAAGCUGACGAAAUAAAGAAAGACAAUGCAGCUGCCUCAGACAACGUUACAGGCUCUCCGCAGACACUGAGAGACAUUCCGAAGGAAACUGCGGAAACUGUGCUCGCCACAGAACAGCACGAAGAAGCUGCCCAAGUUUAUACGCGUCGGCCCUAUGGAAAGGCGACUGUAGCAAUUUUUAGCGAUCCUGUGUUCUCGUGGACUCAGUGCCUCCUACUCGAAGCCUGCUGUAUUUUAGUCAUCGCAUUCGCGUGUAUUGCAUUCCUGGUCACGCAGAACACGGAGGAAGACGACGUUCCACUAUUCACUAAAGCAUGUAAAUCGCCGCCCUGUUCAGGAAUAAUUCGCAUACUAGGUGAAAUUAACGACACGUCGGAAGCGUGCGACGAUUUUUACACCUCCGUGUGCAGUCGGCGUGACGUGACGGACGCCCUGGGAAGUCGCCUGGAGGCCAUUAGAAGGACGCACGUCAGAGUGGGCGACGAGCUGCAGCGGGUAAACGUGCCACUAACCAACCGGUCACGAGUGCAGCGUCUGGCCGCUACGUACAAGAGUUGUUUCGCAUACAUGUCACGGACUGCUGAACUGUCUUUCAUCCUUGUCGCCGCUGAGGUUAUAAAAAAAAUUUCGUCACAGACAUCUCGAAAGGCAACGAGGGAAGGAAUCCUCGAUAUCUUCUGCGUGGACCUAUUUGCUGAAGGGACUCCACAAGCUGUAGUCCGAAUGGAUGUCAACGCUUCUACUCUUCACAUCUCCCCGCACCACUCACUUCAACGUCUACUGGGUGUCACGUCAAGCGAGCACCUUGCUCAGAUAUUGAGUCGGCUGUAUGAGUUUAACCGACUGCCACGUCAGGACUUUGUGUCCGCAGCAGGCCUGGACGAAGUCGUUGCUGCGGAGCUAGGAAAAUCCAGUGCGGAUGGCUCAAUGGACACUACUAUCCAAAAGUUCAUUUCUACCAUGGAGCAACACACCAGCAGGCUUCAGCGUUGUACUGCUGAGGUGCUGAGCAAACGGGCGAACGUCGCCGUUACUGUGCAUAAUGCUACCAUCAUCAGGAACGUUCUCCAGAAGAUUACCCAAUCUCCGAUCGGAGGUCUCUACAUGUACAUCGUGGUCAGCAUACGCGACGUGCUACCGUACUUCCGUGAAAGACAGACAAAAAUGAGUCCAGACGAGAGCUUCACAGGAGAAGGUGUGCCCCGGCAUGGAGAAGUGACGUUUCGGAUGCUUUUAGCGAGCCAAUGGAGGCAACCGUUGCAACUGUUUAUGCAAAACAGCAUUGGAGCCACAUCUGCCCAUGAACAAGCCUCCGGUAUCCUGCAGCAUGUCAGCAGGGAACUGCUGGACGCUGUUCACGACUUGUCCUGGUUGACUCCUUCGGGCAUUGCCGCAGUUACGGAUAGGAUACUCUCCGCGAAACAACCUCCUCCUAUCGAAGACAUCACUGUCACACCUUACACGCCCAACCGAGGUUUCCUGCUUUCCGACAUAUUGUCACGCCGUCUAUCCGAACAGAGUGUCGCGCCUGCUGACUGCGAGAUUUCUCCACAUCUCAUCAUAAGUGCCGCACACCCCAGAAGCACGGUCUGCGUUACACCUUCUGCUGUGGGCCCACCCUUCUUCUACGAUGACGUCCCUCUCGUGGUGAACUAUGCAAUUUUUGGGUCGCUGGUCGCGAGCGAAUUGCUAUUCGCUUCCUUCGGCGGUUUCAAUAAUAUGACCAAAUCCCAUUUGGAACAACGUUUGGAGUGUUUUCGAAACCAGCAGUGGUCCAGGAACGAAGACGUUGCGGAAGACCGCAUUCUUCCAGCGGUACUGCUUACGGUAGCCAUGAAUGCUGUUUAUCGAGGAAUCCUCAAAUUUCGUGGCGACAAGAACGUGAAUGUUUUCACGGGAUUUGAUAGAGCUUUCUUUGUUACGCGUUGCCUGACGAUGUGCGACAACGGUGGGCCGUGGAAUCUAACUAUCCGUGACCUGUGUAACGUCCCCACGAAGAACAGCAAGGACUUUGUUCAUGCUUUCAGGUGCAGACCAAUGGACAAUAUGGUGCACAGUGGGAUUUGUAGCCCUCACUGAGCGAACGAUAUCUAAAUACUGAAUGCAAUAAAUAAGUACGGACGUAU